UUGGUUUGAUUCUUUGGUUCAUGGUUUGCAGCAAGUAAGUUUUAUCUAUGCAAUCUCUUGGCGUGGAGUGCCACCUAUGAAUCGUCUCUGUGACCUUACUACUCCCUCCGUUCCAAAUUACUACUCGUGGAGGGAGUACAUGUUUGGAUCGACUCUCAUCCAGUGUCUCCUGAUUAAACCGUUCCUUCACAAAAAAUCCCGAUCAGCGGAACAACAUCAUGCCCCAAAAAUAUCAUGCCCCCAAAAAGAUUCCUGCCCUCCCUACUUUCCUUCCACCCGGCCCGACGAACCAACACCCAGCCCGCCUACCUACACCCGAUGGACCUCACUGGAUCCAUCGUUUUCAGCCCAAUAACCCCCGAAACCCUAGACAUACCAGCUACUAUAUAAUCCCUCCCUCGAACGGCCGAGGGGCACCAGAUCCUUCCAUUCGAAGCGCCGCCGCCGCCAUUCCGCCGAGAUCCCCCGAGCCCUCGUCGCGGAGAUCACCUCGUAUCACCCGUGCGAUAGCCAACAACCCCCCUCGUUUCUCCUUCCUGGUGAGCUUAGAAGGCCGCCUGGCCCUCUACACACCAGGCCACCCUACCGUCCUUGAGUUCAUCGAUGAUCCGCAGCUGGUCCAGGCCAUCGCCCAGAUGGACAACGAGGCGCUGGUGCCAAAUCCACUGGAGAACCUCGCUGCCUACCACGGCCCCUUGCCCCAGAUCCAGUAUCACGCUCCACUGCCACCGCUCCAGGUCCAGCAUCAAGGCCCCCUGCUCCCUCCUCCCCAGGUCCAGCAUCAAGCCGCCCUCCUCGAAGACGACGACGACCCCAUCAGGGACGUCUCGAAGCUCUUCAAAGAAGAUGAUGAUUCCCCGGCUCUUGACAUGACCGACCACGUCAAUGACUUGGCUGAAGCCGUGGGAGAUGGCAAGUGAAGCUGCCCCACCCCUUUCAAGUGAAGAUGACGUUUUGCCCGCCUGAAGCAAGAGAUUAUCUGUUCGGUCCAUCUUGAAUGUGAACGUUGUUUAUUCAGUACUACCUGUAGUUUAAGUUCUUUAUGUCUUUGGAGCAAAAUUUUGAAAUGGCUUUGAUCUGUGGAUAGAAAUGUUGACUCUUAUCCUUCUUCUGGUUUAGCUGUGGAUAUAAUGGGUGAAGUAACAUAUAUGCUUCAUGCACCAGCUAUAAGUUCUGGCUGGUAGAACUUUUGACUUUUGAAAAAACUAUGUUGUCCGACUGCA